ACCAUACUUUUAAUGUUUGUAAACAAAAAGAAUUUUCCUUGGUCUUAAAUAAUUUUCAAAUUCGUUCUCUGAUUCUGACGCAAGGAUCACAAACAGAGUUUGUAGAGUCUGUCUGUAAAAAAUGUUUUUUCUUUUGCCUAUGAAGCUCUUCAGUUGUUUCAUACUUAUGACACAAAUGUUUUUACUCUAAACUCUAUUGCUUGUUUAGCAAUGCAUAUUAUAAAUUCGCUUCGUGGUUUUAACCGAAUCCUUCUAUUUGAAGGUCCUUUAUGUAAACCGUACUUUGUUCGUGAUUUCAAUAGACAUUUUUCUGUAACUAUUGCAAAAAAUUCUUUUUUUGAAUGGGAUAAAAGAGGUGGCUUUGAAUAUCCUGUUUUUUCAAAAAAGACAUGGCAAGAACACAUUAGAGAUGGACGGAAGAUAUUUUUUGAAGAGUGCAAAUUGUUUCUGAAAGAAAUCGAUGAAACCUUUCAUCAGGAUCGCAAAUUGUAUCAAGAUGGAGACUCAGAUGUAUUUUUUAGGUUUGAUUCUGAGGAUUGCCUAAAAAAAUGGAGAGUGUCUUCAGACAAGUCAAACAGAGAAGGCAACAGCACAUGCAGUUUGGAAAUAAAUGACAAAGGGAAAGGAGUAUUUUAUGGUAACAUUGAUACCACACCCCCAAAGGAUGGCAAAAACAGAUUUGCUGGAUACUGUGCGAUGAAAACUCUGCCAAAGAUGAAAUCAUUUCUAAGGGAAGAUGUUUAUGACUGGACUGCCUUCACACAUUUGGAAUUGAGAGUAAAAGGUGAUGGCCGUAAUUAUGCAGUGCAUUUAGGCAUCGCAGCAUAUUUUGAUGUUUCUUGGUUUGAUAUGUAUACAUAUACAUUGCACACACAUGGUGGACCAUACUGGCAAGUCAUUAGGAUACCAUUUUCAAGAUUUUAUUUAACAUCAAAAGGAAGAAUUCAAGACAAGCAGUGCCCAAUGCCUUUGUAUCAAGUAAAUACAGUUUGUAUAUUAGCUGCAGGUGUUCCUGGGCCGUUUCGUUUAGAAAUCGAUUAUAUUGGGUGUCAUGUAGAUCAUCGACAUAAGGAAAUAUUUGCUUAUGAACUGUACAAGCUUCCUAAAGAAUAUGUAUCUUCUUGAUGAAUCAAUAAUGGGAAA